CUCCCCGCUAACUCCUUAGUAAAACCUGCAGGAACAAAAGUCUAUCAUAUGCCAUGCUUGCAACAGAUACCGUGAUUGACCCAGUUUAUAUGAUGUUGCAUAUUGCAUAAUUAAGGAUAAAAUAAUGCGAGCUCUGUGUGAUGUACUACAUAUCGGGAUAAGUACAUGUACCUUGACUUGGGCAAUGUCGGUUUUCUGGCAAAGUCUUUGCGCCUUUAAUAAGCAAAACAUCCAUUCUUCAGUUUUAUACAAUUCAUUGGAUAUUACACACUACCAUUACCUAGUCGAUUGUAUGUUUGCCUCAUCACAUGCGAAGCGAACUACAACUUACCUUAUAGCGUGACGAGAUAUAUUUUACAAAAAAUCGGGUAACAAGUAGUAGCGCAAUGUUAUUUAAUGGGCCUAUGCUGCAAGGUAUUCUAAACGAUGAGCAUUACACGUGUGCCUAAUUAUUAGUGUCCGUUUCCAUCUACAUUGAGUACCUUCGAAAAUGAAGUGCGACAGUAGACAUGUUUUUGUCUUGCUGUCUUCAAUAAACACAAGAUCACAUACUGUAUAUGCAGGAGAAGCCAAAAGUUAAAUUCAAGACCAACAAAUAACCACAUGUAUAAACGAAGAAAUGCGUGAUACAUAUUCUGUUGAUUUGAGUGAGUAUAGGUGUGUAUGCGUCGGAUAAUAAAGUAAUGUAUGUAUGGGAAAAAGAUGGGGAAAGAGCGAGAGAGAUUUUAGCAAGAAGAG